AUGAAAUUCCCCAACGUUCGCACGCCUUUUAUCUCCCUAAUCAGCUUUGUUAGCCUAAUAGAAGGCACUGCGGCUACAUCUGACCUAGAGCUCGAGACAUCUGCUGCAGGACUGGGAGGUCAUUUAUACGAUUUCUGGCGAUUUGUGGCCGAUUCAUCAUGGAUUGGAGGUGACACGGAGUAUAGUGUGCUGAACGAGGCUAUGCCAUACUGGGUGAAUGCCAUUGUUCCACUUUCUUACACACUGAACGAUGAGAGACUCAAGGGCCAAGUACAUCACGUUGUUGAUACCAUCCUUGACCGUAUUCAACCGGAUGGCUGGAUUGGACCCGAGACACUAUCUGGAGGCGAACGAAUGAUUUGGGCACGGACUUUGUUGUUCUUAGGUCUUACCAAUCUCGCUGAUGCUAAUUCUACUUAUGAGAUGCCUAUCGUCAACGCCAUGCACCGCUUCAAUACGCUGAUGAACUCUAUGCUGAGAAAGAAUGGCACCGGAAUGAUUUAUCAUGAAGGUGAUAAGCUCAGUGCAGAUGACUAUCUUUGGUUCCGUUCCCGGGCCGAGGAUAUGAUCGUUAGUCUGCAGUGGAUGAUUGACUAUCAUCCAGGGGAUCAGAUUGAAGUCCUGAAAGAAAAUAUCGAACUUUUGCACAAGUUCGCAUUCAAAUGGGAAGGAUGGUAUACAGAGGGGUCUUAUAUCAAGGAGGAUUUAUACGAUCUUCCCGAAUCUAUUACGGAUGACCAGUGGGCAUUCCUACAUGGGGUGACAAUUGCUGAAGGUAAUCAAAGCUUCAGGAACUUAUCCACAUUUUACGUUGACUGGACUUUCGAAUAUCAUGGCUCAGCCUCAGGCACUAUACUGGCAGAUGAAAGAAUUGAUGGUCUCAACGCGUAUUACGGCUCGGAACUAUGCACUGAUGUUGAAACUAUCUAUUCCCUUGCGUAUAAUUAUUUCGCCAUUGGUGAUGCUGAUUACGCAGACCGAGCCGAACUUGCGGCUUUCAAUGCUCUUCCAGCAGCAGUCUCGGGAGACUGGUGGAGCCAUCAAUAUAUGACGGAACCUAAUCAGCCUUUUUCCAAGAAUCUCUCCGCUACUCCGUUCUUUGAUGUUAAUACGCAAGGCCAGACAUUUGGACUUGAACCAGAUUAUCCAUGUUGCACGGUCAAUCAUCCUCAGGGCUACCCUAAGUUCACAAUGUAUAGCUAUCUCCGCAAUGGUAAGACGGGUAUUGUCCACGCGUUACUCAGCCCUGGGAGGGUCGAAACUACGAUUCAAAGAAAGGCAGUUUCUAUCGAUUGUCAAACGCAGUAUCCAUUCAGUAAUCUCCUGUCUUAUGAAAUUGAUAGUGAUGUUGAGUUCCAAUUCUACAUCCGUGUUCCAGGAUGGGCAACAGGAGUCAGCAUUCGGGGGUCUGGUCAAGAAGACUACACAACAGUGCCAGAUCGUUAUUCGAGGUUGAUUCAAGUUGAGGUUCCUUCUGGCAAAACAAGCUUUGACUAUGAGAUCAGCAUGGCUUUGCGAGUAGAACAGCGAGCCAAUGACACAGUUGCUGUGUAUCAAGGCUCGCUGCUCUAUGCAUUCCAUGUUCCACACACCGUCGUAUCUGGACCGCCUAAAUUCUAUAAUAACCAGACUAAUUACCCACCUGGUACCUUUCCACGACAGGCUCAUGAUCAUGCCCUUUUGAACACCACUGAAUGGAACUUGGCAAUUGACCCAUCAACCCUGGUAUAUCACGCGGGUUCUGGAGAUUUACCUUCACCCACUUUUGAGGACGGGAAGCUACCUGCGUUUGUCACGGCAAAGGCUUGUUUGAUCGAAUGGCCCUUGUUUGCUGGUGUUGUUCCAGGCUCUCCAAUUCCAUUAAGUGAGCGAAAGUGUCUUGGCAAUGUUUUUGAAGCUGUUCUUCGUCCGUAUGGCAGUGCAAAGUUGCAUAUGUCUGAUUUGCCUAUCAUUGAUCUCUCUGAAAAAUAG